ACAGUUCUUCACGUGAGUGCUCUUCGCCCCCACGGCCUCAGCAUUGCUCUGAGUCUGUCGUUCUUUCUGCAGUUUGUUGCCAGUCUGAACUCUCGAAUUCGCAAUUUUCUCAGUCGAAAUCUGUUUCCCCUUCGAGAUAAGAGUGUAGUUUUCGAGACUAGGCAGAGGACUUCGGUCUAGCAUCGCCAGAGCUGCCUGUGCACUCUUCGCGCGUCCAGGAUGCCAGGACCCUACACCCAGGUGGUUAAUGAACAUUCUGCCCGAUCUUCCUUAAUGGCGUCGAGCUCUAUCAAGCACCCGACCCGGCUCGUCUUGCAGGACUCUCGCACAGCAUACCCCGCUACCGUCGAAUUGAAGGUUUCUCUCAGCUCCGACGUUGGAGUCCAAAAGCUGAAGAGCAAGCUGCUGCAAAUGGAAGGUGUCAAGCAGGUGAAGAUGGAAUUGAGGAAGGAGAAAUUAACUGUGACCGGGCACGUGAAAGCCGCAGAGGUGUUGAAGACUGUCCGGAAGGUGCAAAAGGGAGCCGAACUUUGGAUAAAUUGACGGGUCUUGUAUCGAUCGCUGGAUGGAAGAUAUCAGGCAAUGGACUGGGUCAUCGCGCUCCCGGAUGACCCACUGCAACAGAAAGUGACAUUCUUCUUCCUGAUUUAAUCCCGGAUUCAGAUGCGUGGCGAGUGACCCCACCUCACUCGGUUCAGGUUAUUCAUCUCCGGUCCCUGGCUACGGGUGCAAGCAGGAUACCAAGUUCCACGAAGCUCACGCACAGAACCUUCGAUGGCGAAUACUUGGCCACUAUCCGUGCGGUCCAGGAUUCGACCGCACACACCCGCUCCCUCCAGGUUGGAAUAUUCGAAGCCAAAGAAGUCGAGAGAAACUUCCUCAAUUCUACUUUCUUGCCAAAGAAUUUUGCGAGAGCAGUUCGUUCGAAGACAUAUUCCAGUGACACUUUUCUAUCUGUCCAGUCACGGAAUUCCACGGCCCUCAUUGAUUAUACGCUUUCAAACCCCUUACCUGAACGAAUUGUUACGAAGUUUCAACAGCCGCCCCCUGAAGCCGGAGCUGCGUGCGCAUACCGCCUCGCAACCGGGCCACGGCUCUCUAGGUUCACGCGUAUGUUCACUCAUCGCUAAAUAUACAGAUUUGCAAAUCAAAGUGAAAGAUUGUCGACGUGGUGUCAGCUACCAGCUGGCGAACCCGUGAACGUCGACUUCCACAUGUACUCUUCUCCUCUGGGCAAUCUGAAACGGAACUCAAACAUUCCAGUUUGGGUAUCAAGUUCAACCAAAAUUUGAAGCACU